AUGUUCCCCCCACAGGUGGGCAAUAUAAAUUUAAACAUCGAGGCACUGAGUGGCAUCUGUGGUUCAAUCUCCCUUGUCUGCUGGGUGGUGGUAUUUUCUCCGCAAAUCAUUGAGAACUUCCGACGUGGCUCUGCAGAUGGCCUCUCUCUUCUUUUCCUCAUCGUCUGGCUGGCUGGCGAUGUCUUCAACAUUCUCGGAGCUGUCAUGCAAGGCGUUCUGCCCACAAUGAUUAUCUUGGCGGUAUAUUACACUCUAGCAGAUAUUGUUCUCCUUGGACAGUGCUUCUACUACCGCGGAUUCAACAUCAGAGAGGAAUUUUCCUCCUCUCCUACCAUCGAGCCUUCUUCUGGCGCAAGCCAAGGCGGUGGUGCUGAUUCUGCGCCACCAACUGAGCACUCGACACUUCUUCCUAAGCCUACUGGCCAUGUUCGGAUUCAGGAUCCGCCUGUCUCUGGCAAUGGUGAUCAACCCUCGUCAACCCGGCAACGACGUCAUUCGGCAUCUUCAUUCCAUGAUAUCUUGCACUCCGUCGAUGGAACGCAUUUAUCUCCUGCCACACCUCUUCUGGAUGCAACUUCUGCUGCUGCUGCUCGGGCACGUCGUCGCCAGCGUCGGAUCUCCACUAUCCAGACUUUCUUGUUCAACACCACUGCCAUCACUCUUGUCUGCAUUGCAGGUGUAUUAGGCUGGUACUUCAGUCCGGCGUCGAAGAAACCGAGCUCAGAACCUGAGGAUCUCACUAUGGAUACACUGGGCCAGGUCUUUGGAUAUCUAUGUGCGGCUCUGUACCUCGGUUCACGUCUUCCGCAGAUUUUGUUGAACUUCCGACGGAAGUCUACGGAUGGUGUCUCUUUUCUGUUCUUCCUGUUUGCAUGCAUUGGCAAUCUGACUUAUGUGCUGUCUAUCCUGGCAUAUUCUCCCGUAUGCCGGGGAACUCGGGAUGUUGGGAUCUCUUCUCAUCGCCAUUUUAAAUGUGCUCCGGGUGAGGUGACUGCUAUAUACAGUCGAUACAUUUUGGUCAAUCUUUCAUGGCUGAUUGGUAGCUUUGGAACUCUUAUGUUAGACGGGAUGAUUUUCGUACAAUUCUUCUUGUACCGCGACGCAAAGGAUAUCGACGAGUACGAAUAG